AUGAGCGAUCUUAACUGGUGCACAUAUUGCGAUAAUGCUAUUAACUCCUAUUCUAACUCUUUGUAUUGCUCUGAAGAUUGCUUAAGAUCUGAUGCCUUAAAUCACCAUCCCUUGUUGGGUUAUGACUAUGCCGAGCUCAAAGAUUUCCCUCGCUCAUCUGCGUCUCCUACUCUGACAGCAUCUUCAUCAUCUACCGCUUCGUUAUCGCCAUUGCUAUCACCUACUCCAUCGCUCAAGGAACCGCCUACGUUUAAUUUAAAUACGAGUGGAGAUUCUCUUUAUCAGCAUAUCUAUCAACAAAGGGAGCAACAACAACUGCAGCAAGACAAGAAAAAGUCUCCCAUCUACUUGCAAUCAUCCUAUCAUUUCCACAAACAAGAAAUCUUUUAA